AUGCUUGAAAACCAAACCUCAGGACUAACAGACAGGUUUAGAAGAUUAAUCAUCUCCUUUCCUCCAGGUUCUUCCUCAGAUGAAUUCCACAUCCUUCACCCCCUGGCACCCCAGCACCUGGCAGCGCCCCGACACAGCGCUCUGACGUUAGAAUGUGUUGUUGGUGGGUCACCUCCGGCCUCCGUCCGCUGGGUUAAAGACGGUCGAGACGCGCUGAGAAAAGGGAGGUGGAAACUGCUGCACUCCCAUCUGGUGACGGACAAGCUUGAGGUGUCAGACUCUGGAAAUUACUCCUGCGUGGUGGGAAAUGAAUUGGGAGCAGUGAAAUACGUUAACUAUUCACUGACUGUACUUGAACCUGCCUCCAUCUCCAAAGGGCUGCAAGAUGAAACGGCGGCCGUUGGAGCCACUGUGCAUUUCUGGUGCGACGUCCGCGGAAUUCCUGCUCCCACCCUUAGCUGGCUCCACAACGCAGCUCCCCUCCGCCUCUCUCCCCGGCAUCUUCCCAUGGGGAACCGUCUGCGGAUCCUCAACGUCACCCAAGAGGACUCUGGCUUGUACCAGUGCAUCGCAGAAAACGGGGUUGGAUUUGCUCAGUCCACUGGGAGACUUCGUGUCCAGCCGGCAAGCAUCACUGUGACGGCUGGUGAGGACGUUACGCUCUCUUGCAAUGCCACUGGCCAGCCUCUUCCCAUCAUCCGUUGGUACGACAGCAGAGGACUUCUCACCAACCACCCUUCCCAGCUGCUUCAUUCAAAACCACAGAAACCUCCUGAAGCCACAUUGGGCAGCAGCGUUACAGGACCCACCUACUUCUCCGUAUCUCAAACGGGUUCGAGCUCCUUACGCCUUAGGAACGUGACUCUGGAGCGUGCCGGGGAAUACACGUGUGAAGCCAUCAACGAGCACGGCUCCGUGGUGUCAAAAGCCUUCCUGACAGUUGCUCCCUCGAAAACUACCAGGAAAACCAAAGCAACGGCUCCCACGGAGAUGAAAACAUCCCAGAGAGCUGAAAAUGAGGGUGAUUUUGGUGCAAAAACAACAUUUUCAAGCUCACCCCCAACAAAAUUCCAUUGGGAUACGACAACGGAAAAAACCUGGAACGUCGCCGCUCCUCCUGAAGCCCCCAUCAUCCUCAGCCCCCCUCAGACCUUGAAACCAGACGUGUACAACCUGGUGUGGCGGUCAGGGAGGGACGGGGGCUCACCCAUCAACGCUUAUUUCGUCAAAUACCGCAAGCUGGAUGAUGGUGUCAGCGCGGUGGGAACCUGGCACACCGUCCGUGUCCCUGGCAGCGAGAACGAGCUGCGACUCACCGAGCUGGAACCUUCCAGCCUGUAUGAAGUUUUGAUGGUGGCCAGGAGCGCUGCUGGCGAAGGGCAGCCCGCGAUGCUGACGUUUCGCACCAGCAAAGAAAGAACAUCAUCCUCAAAAAACACUCAGGCUCCAUCUCCCCCGGUGGGAAUUCCCAAACAUCCCAUUAUUCACGAAGGGACAAAUAAUUUCGGUGUCGUCCUUCCAGACCUGUCUCGACACAGCGGAGUUCCAGAAGCUCCCGACCGACCCACGAUCUCCACAGCCUCGGAAUCAUCCGUCUACGUCACGUGGAUCCCUCGAGCCAACGGUGGCUCCCCCAUUACUGCCUUUAAAGUGGAAUAUAAACGCUUGGGUCGAAACAGUGACUGGCUCAUUGCAGCUGAUAACAUUUCUCCUUCGAAAUUAUCCGUGGAAGUUCGUAACUUAGAGCCAGGAGAAAUGUAUCGGUUCCGUGUGAUUGCUGUCAACAAUUACGGGGAGAGCCCACGCAGCGCUGCCUCUCGCCCUUACCAAGUCGCCGGCUUUACCAGCCGCUUUUCCAACCGCCCGAUCGCGGGACCUCACAUCGCUUACACCGAAGCCAUCAGUGACACGCAGAUCAUGUUGAAAUGGACGUAUAUUACAUCAAGCAACAACAACACACCCAUCCAAGGAUUUUAUAUCUAUUACCGACCUACGGAUAGCGACAACGACAGCGACUACAAGAGGGAUAUCGUGGAAGGUACAAAGCAAUGGCACUUGAUAAAUCACCUGCAGCCAGAAACAUCUUACGAUAUUAAAAUGCAAUGUUACAACGAAGGCGGCGAAAGCGAGUACAGCAACGUGAUGAUCUGCGAAACCAAAGUGAAACGCACGCCAGGAGCAUCCGAAUAUCCAAUGAAAGAUCUGAGUACCCCACCAAAUCCCCCUGACAGGGUUGGGGGAAGUGGAACUGGACCUUCCAGCGGCCCCGUUCGGAGCGGUGACAUGUUGUACCUGAUCGUGGGCUGCGUCCUCGGAGUCAUGGUCCUUAUUCUCAUCGUCUUCAUCGCCAUGUGCCUCUGGAAGAACCGUCAGCAAAACACCAUGCAGA